AUGGGCGUCACCCUCGAUCCGCCGACUACGGCGCUGCCGGCUUCCGGCGGCUCGUCGAAGCACGUGCUGAGCAACGACAACGCGAAGCGCCUCGUCUUCAAGGUGAAAUGCUCGAACAACGGCCACCUGCGCGCGAAGCCAGUCUUCGGAUUUUGCGAGCCGGCCCACAAGGUUGAGAUCGAGGUGACACGACUCGAGGGACCGCCCAGGGAUGACCGUUUCGUCAUCGAAUUCGCCGAUGCGCCCGAGGGGUCGGAGACCAAGGAGCCACAGUCCGCUUUUAUGCAAAUCGGCGAGACGCAGUCGAAGCUCGUGCUCCCCAUCAAGACCGAA